AUGAACAAGGCAUGGGGGGCCUCCAGGGCCGCCCGGGGUGCUUGGGGGCCGGGGGUGCGCUGCGCGCGGGCUGGCUCGGCCCGGCCCCAGCCGUGCCUGCUCCCUGCAGAGGAGCCGGUGGAGGAGGUGGGCGACGGACUGGUCGAGGACCCGGACGCGCCCAUCGAGGGACGCACCGGCGACGAGAAGUUCCAACCCUUCUUCAACGAGAAGACCUUUGGCGCCGGGGAGGCAGACUGUGGGCUGCGGCCUCUGUUCGAGAAGAGGUUGGUGAAGGACAAAACGGAACACGAGCUUCUGGAUUCCUACAUCGACGGGCGCAUCGUGGAGGGUUCGGACGCGGAGAUUGGCCUCGCGCCCUGGCAGGUGAUGCUAUUCCGGAAGAGUCCCCAGGAGCUGCUCUGUGGGGCCAGCCUCAUCAGUGACCGCUGGGUCCUCACGGCUGCCCACUGUCUUCUGUACCCACCUUGGGACAAGAACUUCACCGAGAAUGACCUUCUGGUGCGCAUUGGCAAGCACUCCCGCACCAGGUAUGAGCGAAGCAUUGAGAAGAUCUCCAUGCUGGAAAAGAUCUACAUCCACCCCAGGUACAACUGGAGGGAGAACUUGGACCGCGACAUAGCCUUGAUGAGGCUCAAGAAGCCCAUCACCUUCAGCAACUACAUCCACCCUGUGUGCCUGCCUGACAAGGAAACCGCAAUCAGACUGCUCCGCGCCGGAUACAAAGGGCGGGUGACUGGCUGGGGCAACUUGAAGGAGAUGUGGAUGUCCAACGUUGCCGAGGUGCAGCCCAGUGUCCUGCAGGUGGUGAACCUGCCCAUUGUGGAGCGGCCGGUGUGCAAGGCCUCCACUCGGAUCCGCAUCACCGACAACAUGUUUUGUGCUGGCUUCAAGCCCAGUGAAGGGAAACGAGGGGAUGCCUGUGAAGGCGACAGUGGGGGGCCCUUUGUCAUGAAGAGCCCCUUUAACAACCGCUGGUAUCAAAUGGGCAUCGUGUCAUGGGGUGAAGGCUGUGACAGGGAUGGAAAAUAUGGCUUCUACACACACGUGUUCCGCCUGAAGAAGUGGAUACAGAAGGUCAUUGAUCAGUCUGGAAGUUAGCGGGCUGCUCACAUUCUAGGCUCCUCACUGCAAAAUCACAGAAACCAAUCCAGCAGAAUUAUUUUUGUGGUUUGUUCCGAAAACUAUAUAGUUCUCAAUAAAAGUGCCGGUCAACAAGC